AGCCUCGGUGCGGGCAGCAGGGACGCGGCGGGCGGGCGCGGGCGGCGGAGGAACGAGGGGAGGAGCCCGAGCUGCCGUUGCUGUUGCCGCCGCCGCCGCCGCCGAGGGGAAAGGAGCAUGUCUGCAACUCGAGCCAAGAAAGUGAAGAUGGCCACCAAAUCAUGCCCCGAGUGCGACCAACAGGUUCCUGUUGCAUGUAAAUCAUGUCCCUGUGGUUACAUAUUUAUUAGCAGAAAACUUUUAAAUGCAAAACACUCAGAGAAAUCACCACCUUCUACAGAAAACAAGCAUGAGGCCAAGAGGAGGCGAACGGAGAGAGUUAGGCGAGAGAAGAUAAAUUCUACAGUAAAUAAGGAUUUAGAAAACAGAAAGAGGUCUCGGAGUAACAGCCAUUCAGAUCAUAUCAGACGAGGAAGAGGAAGACCUAAAAGUGCAUCUGCCAAAAAACAUGAGGAAGAAAGAGAGACUUUGAAUCAUCCUCUCAAUCUGAAUGUAAUUCUUAAACAAUGGGAUGAUCAGAAAAUCUUUGCCAAAGAUUGUUCCAGAAGAGAAACUGGGUAAAGAAAAGCCAACAGAGAAAAAAGCAAAGAGGGAAAUACUGCUUGGCCCAGAAAAUAGAACAUUCUUUUCAGUUGAAGUAAAGGAAAUAUAACCCAAAGAACAGAGAAGGAAUGCUUUUGUUAGUGGGUGAAAGGAGAUGAGAAAACAGAUAAUGACAGCCUUUUAGUCAGGGAAAUGAAAUCUGUAUAGUUGUGCAAGGCAGGAUUGAACUUUUAUUUAAUGAUAACUUGAGAAAAGGAAGAAGCAUUUAUUUGACAAUAUUUUUUUUUUUAUUUUCAGUUUAUUACAGAAAAUUUUUAAGAAACUUUCUUUUUCUGGCUGAGGAUAUCUGCUUUUAAUUUAUUUGCUUUUUAUACAAACUGCAGGAAACUGGUCAAAGCAAUUUUUGUAGCAUAAACUGGAAUCUUUUAAUGUGGACCAGUGGUCAGCAAGUUUGUUCUAUGAAGAUAGCCAGAAUAUAAAUGUUUUACAUUGUGUGGGCCAUACAGUCUCUGUCAACUCUGCCAUUAUAGUGAUUGGAAAGCAGCCAUAGAUAAUAUGUAAAUAAAUGGGCAUGGCUGUGUUCCAGUGAAACUUUAUAAAAAGUGAUAGCCAGAUUUGGCUUGUAGGCUACAGGUUGCCAAUCCUUGAUGUAGAACUCUGAUCCCUAAAUUAAAAAUCCCUAAAUAAAAAUAGGUAUAAGAAAUAUGAACUUUUGAAAUGUCUAUAUAUUUUAGAAUAGAUUUAUUCAAUAUGUUUCUUAGUUGCCAUUUAGUUUAAUUCUGUUUUUAUUGACUCCCUCUCACAAGGCACUUGAAAAAUUUGUAGCAAUGUUUAACUUUAUUUUAACAUGUGAAUUAAGCAAUACCUGACACUGUGUCUGAAAAAAAAAAGUUGUUUUAAAUGGCUUUAUUGCUUUCUGUAUUUUAAAAAAGAAUGGAAAAAAGAAUGGAAAAGGAAAAGUUGUUAGACAUCUAGACAACAACAAUAAAAUAAUAAAAACCGAUCAUUAAAUUUAACAAUUUUUGGUUGUUCUAAGAUAAGUCUCUCUUUUUAU